AUGAGCAGCUCAUCAAGCUCCACAUCAACGGCGGGCAGCAGCAGCAGCAAAUCUGGCUCAAGCAGUUCAAGUGGUGGUGGUGAUUGGCUUUCUAACCAUUGGAAAUGGGUUGUCUUUUUGGUUGUCGUCGUCGUUGCUAUCGCAGGCAUCUGGAUCGGCGCAUGUAUCUGGAGGAGACAUUACCUGCGCAAGAAGGACCGACAGUACGCCCUGGGUAAGACCCUCGCGGCCACCACCCGUUCCGGCACCAACCCCUACGGCCACGGCGGCAGCGGCUCCGCUCAGCAGAGUCAGCGCUCCGUCCACAUGCCCAAGCCUGGCAUGUUCAUGCCCGCCUCCAUCUCCACCGCCAACGUUUACGAGGAGAAGCCUAAGAAAACAAAGGAGAAGAAGAAGUGGAUUGUCACCGAGAGGACAUGA